AAUGCUGAAAUUAGUUUCCUUGUUUUCGCGAGUAACGUACAAUGGUGGUUAAUUAUAUGAAUGUGACUAAAAAUAAUAUUCGUCGAAGAUCUUCGAAGGGCAUGAACAAAGUUUUCGUAAAUCAAAAUUCUUAUCGUCAUAUUGAUGUAGAGUCCUCCUUCGGGAUGCGGCAUGUGGUCAUAUUUUUACUGUUCCUGUCGACAGUAACCUCGUAUGCUACUAGAGUCAGCAUGAGUCUUGCCAUUGUCGCCAUGACCAAACCUAACGAGCAUGGCUUUCCGGUAUUCGAAUGGGAGCAAAGCAUACGAGACACAAUUCUAUCAUCAUUCUUCUGGGGCUACAUCGUACUUCAAAUACCAGCUGGUCUACUCGCUGGCAGAUUUGGCGGCAAAAUGCUAAUCUUUGUGUCUAUGAUUAUUACUGGUGUAGUCAAUUUGUUUACACCCUUGAUGGCAACUCAGGGUGAUUGGAUAGCGGUGUGCGCAUGUAGAAUUCUGAUGGGUCUUGCGCAGGGUCUAUUGUAUCCAAGCAUCCAUGGUGUCAUAGGACAAUGGGCACCUUUGUCUGAGAGAAGUCGUAUGGGAACCAUUGUAUAUUCGGGUUCCCAGUUAGGAACAAUCAUAGAGAUGGUGAUAGCUGGGUGGUUGUCAGAGACCAAAUGGGGCUGGCCAUCUGUUUUUUAUGUAGCUGGUAUCACCUGCCUUGUCUUCUCUGUACUUUGGUUCGUCUUUGGAGCCUCAACUCCUGGAACCAGCCGUUGGAUAUCCAAAGAAGAAAGAAAGUUCAUUGAGCUAAGUGCUGGCGCGGCUGACAUAAAUGAACAAAAGAAAGUGGCAACACCAUGGAAAAAAAUCUGGACUUCGCUGCCAUUCUGGGCGAUACUCCUGGCUCAUUGUGGGCAAAGUCUUGGUUUCUGGACACUUCUUACUGAAAUGCCUUCGUAUAUGGAUAAAGUACUGGGUGUCGCUAUAAAAGACAACGGUAUCUACUCCGCCCUUCCAUACUUGGCUAUGUACAUCUUGAGUUUCGUGUUCAGUUGGUCUGCAGACUUCAUGAUUAACAGGAAUAUUCUAUCUAAUGGAACUAUUAGAAAAAUCUUCAACACUAUUUCUUUCUGGGGACCCGCAGCAGCUCUUCUAGGUCUCUGCUACAUACCAGCAGGUCAUGUUCCUUUGGCAGUCGCGAUGUUGACAGUCACUGUUGGACUGAAUGGAGCACAUUAUGUCGGGUUCUUGAUCUCCCAUAUCGAUCUAUCACCGAACUUCGCGAGUACACUAAUGGGUAUAACCAAUGGCUGUGGUAAUAUCUUCUCCAUCAUGGCGCCUCUGAGCGUCACCCUUGUUGUUCAGGAUGAACACUCUGCAUCGGAAUGGCGAAAAGUUUUCUUUAUCUCCAUUGCCCUGUACUUCCUCAGCAAUCUAUUCUUCAUACUCUUUUACACUGGGACUGUGCAGCCAUGGAAUGAACCUAAAAUUAAGAGUUCUAUCGAGGAGGGCAUCAAAGAAAAGCAAAGCGAUAAGACUGCAACGGAAUUGGAGAAGGUUGAAGAUAAAAAGUUUUAAAUGGAGUUUAUAAAAUGCUUUAAACUAGUCAUAUUGUACAAAGAUCGAACCACAGGUAUUUUUUGUUAAGACUGUACUUAGAUGACAUUUUAUUAAAACCGAAUUAUAGCUACCGCUGACGUUGUUAGAAAUACGAGUCGUUAUUGUUACGAGCAUUUUGCUUCAAUUACGUUCAGUAUUUUAUAUAUAGAAACCGUGUGUUAAUAACAUUUUACAAGAGUUUUGCAAUUUGUUAAAUAUUAUUUCAUAAAUAAGGCUGUGUCAUAAAUGUAACAUCGUAAAGGUCCGAUUAUGUAACGAUUUCGAUGGUAAUCGGUAAGUAUAGUACAUAAUUCAAGUAAAUAGAUUAAUAGAAAUGUGUCCCUUCCAACAUUAUGGGCUAAAAGAUUUCUGUGUCUCUAAUUAUAGCUGAUUGACCUUUUAUAUUUAGUUCAUAAUACAUUUGUCAAUGAGACAAAUACCGCACAAUAGAGUUGCUAAGAUAGUAGCAAUCCGAAUCCUAUGGGUUCAAUUCAAAGAAGUCAAUUAAAAAAGAUUUGUUGCAUUAUUGUUAUUUAAAGUAUUUUAUUUAAAAGUGUAAUUUAUAAAAUCUGUGAUGAGUGUGCAAUAGUUGUAAUAUUUGUUGUUGUAGAAACUUAAUAGAUGUAUUUAAUAAUUAAUUUAUGCGUUUGUUUGUUAACUAUCAAAUUGUUAAUAACACUCACCCAAGUGUUUCUACGGAAGUUUUACGACAGAAUAUAAACUACUUUUUAGUUCUACGCACAUAAUAUCCAGAGGUAAUAUUAUUUAUUUAAUUGAAAUGAAUAUGAAAUAUAGCUAAGCAACUGUAUACAUCCAUACAACCAUCUUACAUCUUAUGAAAGAAAGUUUAAGAGCCUAUGUAAGAUACAGAGUCAAGACUUAGAUGAGUAAACACUGACUCCCAUUUGUCAAACCCCAUCAUAUUUGUAUACUGUUCAAGAUAGACCCUAAAGAAUUGAUAAUGUAAAUAUUAAUUAUUGAAAAUUGAAAAAAAAACAUUUUACCCAUAACUUUUGAUCAUAAAGUUAAUUUCUCGUUACCCUUUUAAACUCUCUAAAUUUAUGUCUAUUGUCGCUUUAGGUACAAUUAAUAUACAAACAAGUUCUUGAAAUAAAUACUUUUAAAAUUUUUACUAAGCUGAAAUUACACAGAUUAGGAAGUUUGACUAGGAUAUAUUAUUAUGAACUUGGCCUGGCUGCUAUCCGUCUUAACCCUGCCUUAGACAAUAACAUCUGUGUGUCUUGACUCUGAUGUAUUUAUGUUAUUUUUUCACACAUAUUAGGAGAAAGUAUAUUUAAUAAAUAUUGU